AUGUUACCACAACAUACGAAGCGCCGGCGGUGUCUCGUGCUAACGGAUGGUACUGCCAUUGGCUGUUACAUGCGUAACAUUCACGAGACGCACAUUGUAGUACUAGAGCCUUCAAGUCACAUGUAUACGUAUAUUCGUCCAGAUGGGACUCGCACACGGCACUUGACACUUACUGCUCUAUCGAGUCAUCAACCUCUUGUUAGUGAUAUUCUUACUCUACGCAAUCGGGUUACACUCCAGUCACCGUAUGUACAUCAACGUUUGAUGCAUAAAAAAGACAUACGCUAUCACCGACGAAUCAGAGUGCUUCGUGCGAGAUGGCCAACUACUAAGGGGAAGGUGAAAGUCUCGAGAUUGUACAAUAGCAAGGACAAAUGCUUUGAGAUGCAAUCGAUUGAAGGAGCAGCUAAAGUUCAAUUGCAUCCAAGUGGAAAGUUGGUGGAGGUGUAUUAUAUUAUAGAGGUCAAAGUCUCGGACCCCAGUGUCGAAGUUGAAGCAGAAGCGAGCAGAUAUGCACAUUAUACCACGAUACAUCAGUCAUUUACAAUUGUUCAGAUACCAGAGAGUUUUGACUUUCCAGUAAAUAUCUUACUGAAAGCAAAAGCAGCAUGGGAGAAGGAUCAAGAAGCUGAGAUGGAGUAUGCACGGGAGGAUAAAGACAUGGAGUUGAACAAACGAGUCUCAAUGCUACCAGGAAAUGAAGCUUUUACUGCUCGUCCGACCUUUUCAAUCAUUGCUACGAGUAGUGAUGGAGUUCACAUGACUGGAAAUGAAGAGAAUUGUCUGAUGUUAGCAGAGAUACUGCGAGUUGCUACACUUCCGUCCAAGAUGUUGUACCAUCGUGUUGUGGCAGAAAUGGUUGGGGAAGAUGCAACGCUGUUUGUAUCACGCAGACCACGUAACUGUCUGCCAGAAAUUAUGGUGCAAGUGGACGGUGAACUAUCGUUGUUGACGGAGUGUGAUGGUUUUUUCACGUGGUAUGACGAAGGCGGGCGACCUCAGCACCGAUUCACGCGCGAAACAAUUCCACCUGCAACUACUAUCGACACAAAGCAUGCUAUCUUGUUUUGUCAACAUAUCGACUACGUGCUCCAAGCUUUCAAGUACGCUUCCCACACUUUUAACCAGGAUGUCUUGCCAUCGUCUUUAUCGCAGCCAAAUGAGCUGGAGCUAAUUGAGGAGGUAAAUAAUGAGCAUGGACGCUUCCGUGCAUUCCGUGGUGGUCGUGUUCGCGUAGUUUUUGCAGAUCGUACCAUCCUUCAAGUUGACCGCGAUAGCGAGUGCUGCUCCUUUUUCUUUGGUGAUGGCAGCAUGCAGCAGACAACAUUGGCAUCAGCACCACUUCGACAUCGGACCUACGUCUACCAGGCAUUGGAGUUCGGCGAUUGGGCUUUUUCGUCUCAAAAGGAGCGGAUGGAGCGCCACAUGAAGCAGAACGCGGCUCAAGCGAUUGUCGCGAGAGAGCUUCAGCGGAUCAGUGUGCGCUGCGGGAUGAAUAGUGAUUUCCCGGUCUUUCACAAUUGCAGCAAGGAGGCUAUUCAAAAGAAGACAGAAACUCAUCUAAUGGGUAGCAAUGUCCCAUCGCUAGCACUGUCGCUAGCUGCAGUACGAGAGCUUCAGGCAGCUACACUGCAACACAUCGUCAGCGUUGACCACGUCCUACAAGCUAUUACGUCCGUGACAAUCAGCGACGAUGCAUGA